AGCCUGCGGGAAGUCGUGCGCUACCUCGGGGGCAGCGGCGGCGCCGGCGGCCGCCUAACCCGCGGCCGCGUGCAGGGGCUGCUAGAGGAGGAGGCGGCGGCGCGGGGCCGCCUGGAGCGCACCCGCCUCGGAGCGCUCGCGCUGCCCCGCGGGGACAGGCCCGGGCGGGCACCAUUGGCUGCCAGCGUCCGCGCGUCGCGGAGCAAGAGAGGUGGGGAAGAGCGAGUGCUUGAGAAGGAAGAGGAGGAUGAGGAUGGUGAAGAUGAGGAUGAUGAAGACGAAGUGUCUGAGGGCUCCGAGGUGCCCGAGGGUGACCGUCCUGCAGGUGCCCAGCACCAGCAGCUUAAUGGCGAGCGAGGCCCUCAGAGUGCCAAGGAGAGGAUCAAGGAGUGGACACCCUGUGGACCCCACCAGGGCCAGGAUGAAGGGCGGGGGCCAGCACCAGGCAGUGGUACCCGACAGGUGUUCUCCAUGGCUGCCAUGAAUAAGGAAGGGGGAUCAGCCUCUGCUGCCACUGGGCCAGACUCCCCAUCCCCCGUGCCUUUGCCCCCAGGAAAACCAGCCCUACCUGGGGCUGAUGGGACUCCCUUUGGCUGUCCUUCUGGGCGCAAGGAGAAGCCGGCUGAUCCUGUGGAGUGGACAGUGACAGAUGUGGUAGAGUAUUUCACCGAGGCCGGCUUCCCCGAGCAGGCAACAGCUUUCCAAGAGCAGGAAAUCGACGGCAAGUCUUUGCUGCUCAUGCAGCGCACAGAUGUGCUGACCGGCCUGUCCAUCCGCCUCGGCCCAGCCCUGAAAAUCUACGAGCACCACAUCAAGGUGCUGCAGCAAGGCCACUUUGAGGAUGACGACCCCGAUGGCUUUCUAGGCUGAGCGCCAAGCCUCACCCCUGCCCCAACCCAUUCCAGUCCCCAUCUUACCCAAGACCCCCAGAGUCCGGGAGCUGGUCGGGGACACCCUCAGCCCUCAUAACAGAUUCCAGUGAGGGGACAUUCCUACUCAUCUUUUCCCUGUGUCUCCCCAACACACACACCUCUGGCCCCCAGCACAUC